CUUUCUAGACUGGGAACGUGACUUCCAUCACUGGGAAACACUGUUAAAGCACAGUUUAAGGAUGUUGGAGCUUGGUGAUGGUGAACCUGAUGAUGAAGACGAUCCUGAUGACGAAGAUAAUACUUUUGAUGAAGACGAUCUGAAUUCCCAACCUGUACCCAUUACUGAGCCUCUGAGAGAUGCUGAGGAUGUGUCUGCAGGGAGGACUUUGGUGGAUGUUGCACACAAGCCCCGCUCCCAUCGCAGGGGUCCUCCAAGAAGGAAGAAGAAACCUACAGGAGCUCGUAAGUCCCUGGACCAUUCCAAACAUCUGGAACAAAAACGGAGUGGUGUGGACAGCCAGAGUGAUGCAGCCGAGACCUCAAGAGAUUCUGACUACACUUGGAAAAGCAUGAGAAGAGUUUUCUGCUGGGGAACACCUUGUUUGAUUAAGUUGAUGGCCAUUGUGGCUGGUGCAGCACUGUGCCUGCUUUUGUGCUCUGCUGGAAUCUGGUAUUGCUGGACGAGAAAAUGGUGCUCCUGUGCAUGUUCAGAAGACGCACCUAAAAACAGAGGCAAUGAGAACCUGAAACUUUAUCCCAGUUCUUCACUUCUGCCCCUGUCUGCCUUGCCAUGGCUGCAUCCCCGCCAUGAGGCCAUCCCAAAACCCACCCCUCCUCAACGAGACCCUCUCCCCCUGAGUCCCCUGGUCUUGUUCCCCGGCCAGGAAUGAAGGUGGGCAGCCCUUGUCUGCCAGGGCAGAGC